GGUAGACUUUGAAAAUGGAGAAGCUAAAAAUAUCGCCAUGCUCCGUAUUCAACUGCCACUGCAGUUCGUUUCUCCCAAGGGACUCCCAAUUGAAUCCCCUCAAUUUUUCCAGGGAAAGUGCAAAUAUAUCAGGAACAUGGCCGAGUCAGUUGGGAGUAGGAGCAUGGAUAAAAAGCUUAUUCAAAUCGAUAUAAGCUCCGACACCGUUUGCCCCUGGUGCUUUGUUGGCAAAAAAAAUCUUGACAAAGCUAUCUCUGCUUCUCAGGAUCAAUAUCAUUUUGAGUUGAAAUGGCAUCCAUUCCAGCUCAAUCCUUCUGCUCCCAAAGAAGGUGUUGUUAAGAAGGAAUUUUACAGGAGUAAGUUUGGAAUCCAAUCUGAACAGAUGGAAGCUCGGAUGGUUGAGGUGUUUAGGGGUCUUGGACUGGAUUACGACAUGUCUGGGCUGACGGGAAAUACCCUAGACAGCCACAGGCUUAUAUAUUUGGCAGGUCAACAAGGUUUAGACAAACAGCAUGAUCUUGUGGAGGAGUUGUGCCUUGGAUACUUCACUCAGGGAAAAUACAUUGGAGACAGGGACUUUCUUUUGGAAUGUGCUAGAAAGGCGAGGGUCGAAGGAGCAGCAGAGUUUCUCGAGUCGGAUGAUAAAGGAGUUAAGGAGGUCAAGGAAGAGCUUGAGAAGUACUCGGGAAAAAUCUCAGGAGUUCCCUUUUAUGUAAUCAAUGGGAAGCACAAACUGAACGGCGCUCAACCCCCUGAGGUUUUUCUAAGAGCUUUUCAAGUUGCUGGAAAGUGAUUGAUUGAAACUGAAGUGAAGCUUUUGAAUUUGAUGCAAGUCAUUUGCUAAACUCACCAUACAUACUGUUCUUGUAUUUACUACCAUAAUGGAAUGCAUGUCGGAUCUAGCUGCUAUUUACAGAACAA